AUGGCAAGCGGAGAGCACCUCUGCGGGAGGCUUGAGGAGGAGGUGCCCCGGGGACUUGCGAGCGUGGCUGGGACGGGUGCAGGUCACGGCCUGGCUCCUGGAACCGAGGGUGGGAUAACGAAAGGCGCCACGGUGGGAGUGCUGCUGGAUUUGACCAGGAGGACCUUGACGUUCUCCAUCAACGAGGACCAGCAAGGGCCUGUCGCCUUCGAGAACCUGGAGGGCCUCUUCUUCCCCGCGGUCAGCCUCAACAGGAACGUGCAGCUCUCAGCUCUCCUGAACGUCACCAAGCGGAUUUACUACCUCUCCCUGGAGUUUUACAUGGGGCGGACGCUGCAGAACACCAUGAUUAACCUGGGGCUGCAGAACGCCUGCGAUGAAGCCAUCUACCAGCUCGGGCUGGACAUGGAAGAGCUGGAGGAAAUCGAGGAGGAUGCCGGUCUCGGCAAUGGCGGUCUCGGGUCCCUGGCAGCCUGCUUCCUCGACUCGAUGGCGACGCUGGGGCUGGCAGCCUACGGCUACGGCAUCCGCUACGAGUACGGCAUCUUCAACCAGAAGAUCCGGGACGGGUGGCAGGUGGAAGAAGCCGAUGACUGGCUCCGGCACGGCAACCCCUGGGAGAAAGCCCGUCCCGAGUACAUGCUGCCCGUGCACUUCUACGGCCGGGUGGAGCACACCGCCACCGGCACCAAGUGGGUUGACACCCAGGUGGUGCUGGCGCUGCCUUACGAUACCCCCGUGCCCGGGUACAUGAACAACACCGUCAACACCAUGCGCCUGUGGUCGGCUCGGGCACCCAACGACUUCAACCUGCGGGACUUCAAUGUCGGAGACUACGUCCAGGCCGUGCUGGACAGAAACCUGGCGGAGAACAUAUCCCGUGUCCUCUACCCCAACGACAACUUCUUCGAGGGGAAGGAGCUGCGGCUGAAGCAGGAGUACUUCGUCGUGGCUGCCACCCUCCAGGACAUCAUCCGCCGCUUCAAAGCGUCCAAAUUCGGGAGCACGGACAGUGUCCGAGCUGUGUUUGAUUCAUUCCCCGACCAGGUCGCCAUCCAGCUGAACGACACACACCCCGCCAUGGCCAUCCCUGAGCUGAUGAGGAUUUUCGUGGACAUCGAGAAGCUGCCGUGGAACAAGGCCUGGGACAUCACCAAGCAGACCUUCGCCUACACCAACCACACGGUGCUCCCCGAAGCCCUGGAGCGCUGGCCGGUGGACCUGAUGGAGAAGCUGCUCCCCAGACACCUGCAGAUCAUCUACGAGAUCAACCAGAGGCACCUGGAUCACAUUGCGUCCCUCUUCCCUAAUGACGUGGACCGGCUGCGGAGGAUGUCCCUGAUAGAGGAGGGAGGCACCAAGAGGAUCAACAUGGCCCAUCUCUGCAUCGUCGGCUCCCACGCUGUCAACGGCGUGGCGAAGAUCCACUCCGAAAUAGUCAAGACCCAAGUCUUCAAGGACUUUGCAGCCCUGGAGCCGGAGAAGUUUCAGAACAAGACCAACGGCAUCACCCCACGGCGCUGGCUCCUGCUCUGCAACCCCGGGCUGGCGGAGCUCAUCGCAGAGAAAAUAGGUGAGGACUACGUGCGGGACCUGAGCCAGCUGACAAAGCUGCACGAGUUUGUGGACGAUGACCUCUUCAUCCGGGAGCCUGCCCUCACCCAGGAGAACAAGGUGAAGUUCGCGCUGUACCUGGAGAAGGAGUACAAAGUGAAGAUCAACCCUUCCUCCAUGUUCGACGUGCACGUGAAGAGGAUCCACGAGUACAAGCGGCAGCUGAUGAACUGCCUGCACGUCAUCACCAUGUACAACCGCAUCAGGAGGGAUCCUGCGAAGCUGUUUGUGCCGAGGACAGUGAUCAUUGGGGGCAAGGCUGCCCCAGGAUAUCACAUGGCUAAAAUGAUCAUCAAGCUCAUUAACGCUGUGGCUCAGGUGGUGAACAACGACCCCGUUGUGGGGAGCAAGCUGAGGGUCAUCUUCCUGGAGAACUACAGGGUCUCGCUGGCAGAGAAAGUGAUCCCUGCUACCGACCUGUCGGAGCAGAUCUCCACGGCAGGCACUGAGGCAUCGGGUACGGGGAACAUGAAGUUUAUGCUGAACGGAGCUCUGACCAUUGGCACCAUGGAUGGAGCCAACGUGGAAAUGGCCGAGGAGGCUGGAGAGGAAAACCUGUUCAUCUUCGGCAUGAGGGUGGAGGACGUCACGGAGCUGGAUAGGAAAGGGUACAAUGCCCAGGAGUACUAUGACCAGCUCCCCGAGUUGAAGCAAGCCAUUGACCAGAUCAAGAGUGGCUUCUUCUCCCCGAAGGAGCCUGACCUCUUCAAAGAUGUGGUCAACAUGCUCUUCCACCACGACCGGUUUAAACUUUUUGCAGACUAUGAGGCUUAUGUCAAAUGCCAAGAGAAGGUCAGCGAGCUGUACCUGAACUCCAAGGCAUGGACCAAGAUGGUCAUCAAGAACAUCGCGGCGGCUGGCAAGUUCUCCAGUGACCGCACCAUCAAGGAGUACGCCCGGGACAUCUGGCACGUGGAGCCCUCCGACCUGAAGAUCCCGCCGCCCAACGAGCCCCGGGACGUGGCUGAGGACAAGACCCCCAAUGGCACAGCGGCGUAGGGGCACAGAGCCGCCGGAGCCGGGGGACACGAGCGUGUGUGUUGUAAAAUUGUCUCUGCUGUUUAGUCUCUAUGCUGCUGCUGCUGGCUUUCCUACGGAUGGAGAAGGGGGGGAGCAUUUUUAUAACGUAAGUGUCGUGCGGAAAGCAAAACCACGUAGCCCUGUUGCUUGCAUAGGUGCUAAAAAUAAAAGUGCCAUUGGAGUCCAAGGGGCUGUUCGCUGAAGCCUAAAAUUAGGGACUGGGCUCACUUGCACCAAUGCUAACGCAGAAAGAGGGGGCAGAGGGGGAGCUGCUGGGGCUCACGGACAGGGGGGGAAGCCCAGCUGGCCACAGCUAUCUGAGCCCUUGCAGGCGAUGCUGAAGCAGGACUUGGGGUGCAGCUCUUGCCAGUCCUGAGGCAUCAGUGCCAGGGGGGGUUAAGGGGUGUUUGCAGUCAGGCUGGGGUACCCCCACCACUGCCCCAUAUGAUGCUCCUGGCCACCGCUCGCAUGGUCCUGUCCCAGGAGCAGCACCCAGAUCGCAGCAGUAUCUCCACCCCCCAAGUAACCUUGCAGCAUCCUCGAGGCAGUGGGCGAAUUAGAAAGUUUCUCAGUAGUUUUUAUUACGUACAGCAGUAAGUUCAGUGCAAUGAGGGGUUCCUGGUGUGGCUUUGAGGGAGCGCUCGCGGUUGCUGCAUGCAGCAGCUGGCAUCACUUAAUGUUCAAGAAGUCUCUGUAACAAGAUGCAAUAAAUCUCACACU